AUGGUGAUAUCUGGGAAAAGAGGCCGGAGGGGAAGAAUUAGACCUCAACGUCCACUCAUAGUGUCAAGCCAACUUGAUGAAGCUCCAGCCUUGGUGCCUCCAACAAGGAGACUAAGAGAUUUCAUCAAUCCCAUAAUAGAUGCCUCACCUGAAGCAGUACCAACAGAGGGCAUAGAAGUUCCAAAUUUGGUUGAUUUCGUGUUGGAUUGGACUAGAGAGAACCAUCACGAAGCUGUAGCAAACUCACUAGCUGAUACGUACAAUGCUUACCACUAUGAAUUACACAAGCACUACAAGAAAUUUGCUUCGCAUGAGGAGGUAUUAGCUGGUCGGAAGGAAUGGGUGAAGCCACAUGUAUGGGAGUGGCUAUGUCAAAUGGGGGCCAGCCCCAAAUUCAAGGAGCAGUCUCGUAGGAACAACAAUAAUAGGAAAAAACAGAAGGUUAGGCAUACAAGUGGGAGAAAAUCUUUUGUUAGGCUUAUGGAAGAGAGGGGUGAGGAGGCACGGAAUAUGAUUGAAUUUUACAAAGAAACACACUGGUCAAAUGAGAAGGGGAAAUUUAUCAAUGCAGCAAGUGAACACAAUUAUAAUCUGAUGCUAAAGAGGUUGAAUGAGAAAGAAACUGAAGAGGAUGUUCAGGAAGCUGCUGGUGAUGUUUUCAAGGAGGUGUUGGGGUUCAAAUUUGGUUAUAAAUGCCAAGGGAUACACCAUAUUGCAUCAGAGGAUCUGCUCAAUCACGUGUUAGAGAAGACCAUUGUUUUCUGUGAUGGCACCAAGGGAUUCAUGCACAGAACACAUUUCAGAGAUUCCAUGAAUGGCAACCAUGCCGAAAUGUCAAAAAUCUGGAACAUAAUUGGACAAGUUCUAGAUCCAGUGAUGGAAGAAUUCAAACGGAUAUCAAUGUGUCAAAAUUGCAAGGAAGCUUGGGAUAUUCUUGAGAUUACCCAUGAAGGAGAUAAAAUUCUUGAGAAUAGAGUUGUGAGAAAAGUUCUCAGAUCUCUUCCUGAGAGAUUUCGUCCUAAGGUUACGGCUAUUGAGGAAAGCAAAGAUGUGGAUACUAUGAGAAUUGAAGAAUUGGAUAGGAACUCUGAGAAGCACACUAGAACAAAUAGAGACAAGGGCCAGUCCAGUGUGCAGUGUCAUGAAUGCCAUGGUUUUGGACACAUUCGCCUGGAAUGUGCAAACUACAAAAAGGCAAAAGAAAGAGCAAAAAUUGCAUCCCUAAGUGAGAGUGAAUCAAAGUCAAAUGAUUCAUCAGGGAUUUCUUCCCCAAAAAGAAAUCUGAAUUACAUGGCAUUCACUGUCUCGGUAGAUAGCAAGAGUGAACACAGUGAAAAUGUGUUAGAUGAUGAGAGCAAGUCUGGAAAUGAAUCUGAAUAUGAAGAUGAGCUGCAAGAAGUCUAUGAGAAGUUAUACAAGGAAUGCAUUAAAUUGAGGAAACUCAACAAAUUGGAUGAAAUCCUAAACUUUGGAAAGUCCCCUAGUGACAAGAGUGGACUAGGAUAUGAUGUAGUAAACUCUGAGACUGCAACCACCUCAAAGGUCUCCCACAAAAAUGAGAAGAAGAUUGUGUUUGUUUGUGAAUCAGUUGUCAAUGGAAAGAUUAACCCAUCUGACAAGGGCAAGAAAUCAUCUCAUGUCCAAAUGGGUGUUCUGUCUCAUAUGAAACUAAGAACUAGAAAUGCAAGACCUAUUUGUCAUCACUGUGGUAAAACAGGUCAUGUUGUAACGGAGUGUUUUAAGCUGAAAAGAUACAUCACAUAUGAACAUGCACCUUCUCAAAGCAAAAGUAUGCACCCUCCAAACAUGGGUAAACGUCUCAUAACUGCUCCUAAGUAUACCUCUUCAUUCAGGAGACAAAGAGAUAGCAAAGAAAACUAUGUGUGUCAUAAUUGUGGUAGGGCUGGCCACAUCCGACCAAAUUGCUAUGAGCUUAGGAAGAAACACAUGAAAAAUGGAGAUAGACAACCAAGAAGAGGGCAUCUGAAUCUUUGGAGUCAAGUCAUGGCCUUAACUAGGCAGAAUGAGAUGCUGAAUGUCAAGUUAGACCAACUGUCAACUACCAAAAAGGGUGGUUCUCCAAAAGUUAGAAAGAUGUGGGUCAGAACUGGAGAAAGAAACACAUGUCAUGUUGCACACAUUGCUCUAAAGACUAGAGACACAUAUGUGUGGUACCUUGAUAACGGAUGCUCACGUCACAUGUCAGGUGAUAGAAGUUUGUUUAAAACUGUUGAGGAAUACAAGUGUGGAACAGUAACUUUUGGAGAUGGUGGAAAAGCUGAUAUAAUUGGAAAAGGUGAAAUUGAUAUACUUGGACUACCCGUCUUGAGGGAAGUACUGUUUGUUGAUGGAUUAAAAGCAAAUCUCCUCAGCAUAAGUCAAAUGUGUGACAAUGGUGCUGAGGUUUGCUUCUCAAAAGAAAAAUGCAUUGUUUCAGAUAAUGAUGGAAACUGCAUGAUGCAGGGAACGAGGACAUCUGACAAUUGUUAUGACAUCACUCCUAAUUUUCAAUAUAGUUGCAACAGUGCUAAGAGUGAGGCAACAGACCUGUGGCACCAAAGACUUGGACAUGUGAAUCAUAAAAAUUUGUCCAAGAUUGCCAAGAAAGAUAUGGUGAUAGGGUUGCCCGAGCUGGGUAAAGUGGAGACUCCUGUGUGUGGGUCAUGUCAAUUGGGAAAACAAGUCAGAAUAGCUCACAAGAAAACUACGGCUAUCCUAACCGAACAACCUUUGGAGUUAUUGCACAUUGAUCUUAUGGGACCCUCUAGAAUUGAAAGCCUGGGGGAAAAGAGAUACAUACUGGUAAUGGUGGAUGACUUCACUAGAUAUUCAUGGGUGGAAUUUCUGAGAGAGAAAGUUGAAGCUCCUAAUGUGAUUAAAAUCUUGUGCAAGAAGCUUCAAAAUGAGCAAGGAAAGGUAAUAGUCAGAAUUAGGAGCGAUCAUGGAAGAGAAUUUGACAAUUCAAAUCUUGAGAAUUUAUGUGAUGAAGAGGGCAUCAGUCAAGAAUUUUCUGCCCCCAUCACUCCACAGCAAAAUAGAGUGGUCGAAAGAAAGAACAGGGUGAUUCAAGAAAUGGCUCGAGUCAUGAUACACAGUAAGAAUGUUCCUACCCAUUUCUGGGGAGAAGCUGUGAACACAGCAUGUCAUAUUGUGAAUAGAGUCUAUCCGAGACCAAACACUUCCAAAACACCAUAUGAACUGUGGAAAGGAAAGAAACCAAAUGUGAAGUACUUCAUUGUGUUUGGAAGCCAAUGCUACAUUUUGAGAGACAGGGAAAACUUAGCUAAGUUUGACCCCAAAAGUGAUGAAGGGAUUUUUCUUGGAUACGCUAGAAACAGCCGUGCGUAUAGAUGCUACAAUCUGCACACCAGAACUGAAAUAGAGUCCAUAAAUGUGGUAGUGAAUGAUGCUCCUGAAGAGAAAUUGAAUAAAGAUGAGCCAUCUCACUUACCAAAUGGAACUGAAAGAGAAGAUAGUGAUGCGGUAAGGGAAAACUUGGAGUCCGCAUCAAAUGAAAAGAUAAGAAGCCAAAAGGAGCCUUCUUCAAGAGUAAAGUUGAAUCAUCCCCAAGAAAAUAUUAUAGGAAACAUAGAUGAAGGGAUGAGACUAGGAAGAAAAGUGAUAAAUCAAUUGGCUCACUCAAGUUACAUCUCACAAAUUGAACCAAAAAGGGGUCGAAGAAGCCUUAAGUGA